GUGCAUGAAGAGGACUCCGAGGUGAGCGUCCGGCCGCUCGGAGCCCACCAGCAGCGCCCCGUACAUGUCCCUGUGGCCGCGGGGCUCGAAGAUCAGCCUCCGCCGCAGGCCGUCCAGCCGCUCCCGCACGUAGCGCCGUUUGCUGAGGAGGUCGCCCGCCGGCACCGGGGGGAAGCCGCCGGUGACGAUCCGGAGCGGCUCACCACCCGUGUGCAUAUCCAGUACCGAAAGGACCGAUCCUACCCCCGGGGGCCGUCUCGGCAGCUCCAUCUCGACCGAGAGCAGUGGGGGCGGGGGUCAAAGCCAGUCCCCGCCCUAACCGGAAGUGAACUGGGAAGGAAGCGGAAGUGUCGUAUGAUUGGAAUGGCGGCGGUUGUUGUUGGAUGUGAGCAUGGAUAUUAAUUUAUUAUGUCCUGGUUUAUACUGUGGAAAGCCAAUAAUAGAAAGCAGAAAUGACAGUCAUCCGCAGUUUGGAGACUGUGGGGUAUGCCCAAGAGGUGAAAGAACAGAUAAUCUGAAGAUUUGUCGUAAAUGUGAGGAUUCACCAGAACUCUAUGACUGGUUGUACCUGGGCUUCAUGGCAAUGCUGCCUCUGGUUUUGCAUUGGUUCUUUAUCGAAUGGUAUUCAGGGAAAAAAAGUUCUAGUGCACUUUUUCAGCAUGUGACAGCAUUAUUGGAAUGCACUGCUGCAGCCAUUGUUACGUUACUGGUGAAUGAUCCAAUUGGGCGACUGAAAAUCCGGUCCUGCCGAGUGAAAAUGCUUUCAGACUGGUAUACAAUGCUUUAUAAUCCAAGUCCUGAUUACAUCAACACAUUGCACUGCACACAGGAAGCUGUGUUCCCUUUAUACACUAUUAUCUUCAUAUACUAUGCCUUUUGUCUGGUUUUUAUGAUGUUGCUUCGUCCACUCCUGGUUAAAAAGAUUGCCUGUGGUCUUGGAAAAUCUGAUCGAUUUAAAAGCAUUUAUGCAGCCCUAUACUUCUUCCCAAUUCUGACAGUACUUCAGGCAGUUGGUGGAGGCCUGCUUUAUUAUGCUUUUCCAUACAUAAUUCUAGUCUUGUCAUUGGUAACUUUGGCAGUGUACAUGUCUGCUUCAGAAAUACAGACAUACAAGGAUCUGAUCACCAAAAAGAAGAGACUGGUUGUUCUGUUUAGUCAUUGGAUGUUGCAUGCCUAUGGAAUAAUCUCAAUUUCAAGAUUAGAUAAACUGGAUCAAGAUCUGCCUCUGCUGGCUUUAGUACCAACUCCAGCACUUUUCUACUUGUUAACUGCUAAAUAUACCGAACCUUCAAAGAUAUUGUCGGAAGGUGGCAAUGGACAUUGAAAAGAAGCAUGAUACUAUAGAACAAGGGAUGUUUGAAACAGAUUCUAGCCAUUUGCAUAGGAAUCUGUAUGAUUACAGUAUACUUACAAUUGCUUGUUCAGUUGAUGUGCUAACUGCUUUAUUUGUAUAUAAAGUUCUGUUCACACGCUUUGUUUAAAAUAGCAUUAAAAUGCAGAUAAACUUUAUUUCAAUAAGUUGAAUACAUCUCAUAACUUCAGUGGAUUAUAUAAAGUAUAGAUUUCAGUUUCCUUGUCAUCCUGUGGGGGAAAAUAUAAAUGGUGAAUCUUUUGCAAUGAUGCAACGUCCAAACCUAAAUCAACAUUAAUUUUCAUUACUGCGUUUCUAAGCUUUGGCUAAUGACAGUGUAUUGGAAGAUAUUUUUUGAUCUCCCUGAACAGUCUGGUGGUAGUUCACUUCUUGAAUAUUAUAGAUUAUAUUUUAAGUUGCCACACUAAUAAUUAGUCCACAUAUUUUCACUGUUAUUCUUACCUAUCUAUUUUCUAAUGCAGCUCCUCUGUCUAUAUCCAUUUAGCUUUCUAUCAUGAAAGGUUUGGAAUUAAUUUUUUCUUGAGGCAAUUUUCUUACAUGUAAUUAAAACAUAUAGAUUUUAAAUGCAAAAACAGGACGAAGUAUAUUUUUUGUAAAUUUCGAUAAAUGCUUUAAACAAAAAGAUCUGGAGAGACUCACAAGGAGAAAUGUGUGAUAUUGCUGGUUAAAAGUCACUAAAUAUUUUUCAAAACACAUGGAAUUCAAAUUAAAAUGUUAUUAAUGUG